CCGGCCAACCUCGCAAGUGUGUCGUGUCUUGGACUCUUGGCUGAUUGGACCGAUGACCAACCCGAGUCGCAGAUGAUCAUCAUGAUCAUGUGGAGCACGUUAUAGCCCAGUGGAGUUUAACGUGCCACAAGUGUCUCGGUUCCGGCAUGGGAAGAGGACAGUCACAUCGACGCCGAUAAACCUGAAGCUUACAAACACCGAUCGACCCCCGGCAGCAUGUCGUUCGGCCGCAGUGACUCCGUGAUGUCGGCUCAGUCAGCCAGGUUGGAGCAGCAAACGCGGCUGCAUGGCCACUUCAGCGACACAGAGAGCUCUCUUGCCAGCGUCUCGUCUACCAACCAGGCCCAGGCAUCGCGCAAGGAGCACAAGAUCACAUCUCUGCUCUCCUACCUCGGCUCCAAAAACCCCCUCCCAGCACCUAUCAGCGCCGACGACGUGGUCUGGCUAAUGGAUAAUGUCGCAUUCCGGGACCGGGCAGGAAACUGGGUGGCCGAGUUUGUCGGCUGCGCCUUCGACCAUCGUCCGUCGCCCAUGGUGGUGGACAUCGUCGGGGACAUCGCAGAGAAAGUCGGACUGUCAAGGGACGACCGAGAGGAGGGGGCCAUCGAGCGGCGAAUCGGCCCCUUUGUCAUGGAAAUCUUGCCAGGUAGGCAGCUCAAGGUCAACUUCGACCGCAAGACCCAGCUGAAGCUCGGCCCGGGCGGUCGAAACGGCAUCAGCAGCGAUGUGAAGAGAGUUCCCAAGGCCCCUGGCGGAUCUGUGGUGACGUCGACGGCGAAUGUCCCAAAGGGAGUAGUCGGCAUGCUCGAGAUGCAAACGUUCUACGCCGAGCCGGAGGGCUGGGCCGUGAUCUCGGACAUCGACGACACCAUCAAGAUCACACAAACCAGUGACCCGGUUGGCAUCCUGAAGUCGACAUUCGUGAGUGAGCCGACGCCAGUUCCGGGCAUGUCCGAACUUUACGCGCAAAUCCGGGAGCUGGUAACACCAUCCGCGCCCUUCUUCUACCUCUCGGCUUCGCCAUACAACCUGUAUCCAUUCCUCCGCAGAUUCAGGGACCAGCACUAUCCGUUCGGCCAAUUGAUACUGCGAGAUUCAAGUUGGCAAACCAUAUCUGGCCUUCUCUCCAACCUCACACUGGGGACCGAGGCGUAUAAGACGGACAGGAUCAGCAAGGUGCACAGCUGGCUGCCGAAAAGGAGACUGAUACUCAUCGGCGACUCAACACAGAGUGACCCCGAAGCAUAUGGUAAUGCUUGUAGGGCGUUCCAAGGGUGGAUUAAGUUGGUCCUGAUAAGAAAGGUUACCGACAUUGCUGCAAUUGGGAUCCAGGAGAAGAAUGAGCCCCAGAGGUUUGAAAAGGCCUUUGACCAAGUUCCCCGGGAGAUCUGGCAUGUAUUUGAGGACCCCAGGGAAUGCUGGCACUUAGUGGAGCAGGCUAUAGCAAAGCACAGCGAGUGAAUGUUUCAAGAAUAGUAUUUAUAUAGGAAUGCAAAGCUCGAGUAUACACC